AAAAAAAUAUUUGGUUGCCAUAACCGGCUGCUAGGUUCAGUUGUACAAAGUCCAGUGUUCGUGUUGGUUCAUGGAGAAUUGCGGAUAGAGACAAAAGAGCCACAUGGAAAGGAAGAGACAGCAGUUCAACAGGGCAAAAGGAGGUACAAACGUGAAUGGGUGAAGUUUGCAACUCCCUGCAGAGAAAGAGAAGACAACUCCAAAAGAAACCCCAUUGCCAAGAUUACUUCAGAUUUCCAAACAAACCAGAAAAUUACCUAUAGGAUUUCUGGAGUGGGAAUCGAUCAGCCCCCUUUUGGAAUCUUCAUUGUUGACCCAAACACUGGUGAAAUUAAUAUAACAGCAAUCGUUGAUCGAGAAGAAACCCCAAGCUUCCUGAUCACAUGUCGAGCUCUAAAUGUCCUAGGACAAGACGUAGAGAAACCACUUUUAUUAACGGUCAAAAUUUUAGAUGUCAACGAUAAUGCUCCAGUAUUUUCCCAAAGAAUAUUCAAGGGUGAAAUUGAAGAAAACAGUGCUUCAAACUCCUUGGUGAUGAUAUUAAACGCCACAGACGCAGAUGAACCAAACCACCUGAACUCUAAAAUUGCCUUCAAAAUCAUCUCCCAGGAGCCUGCAGGCACACCCAUGUUCCUAAUAAGCAGAAACACUGGAGAAGUCCGCACUUUGACCAACGCUCUUGAUCGGGAGCAAUUUAGCAGCUAUCGUCUGGUUGUGAGUGGUGCAGACCAAGAUGGAGUUGGACUGUCGACUCAAUGUGAAUGCGAUGUUAAAGUGAAAGACGUCAACGACAACUUCCCAGUGCUUAAGUAUUCCCAGUAUUCGGCGCGUAUUAAGGAAAAUGCUCUCAGCUCUGAUUUACUUCGAUUUCAAGUGACAGACUGGGAUGAGGAGUACACAGACAACUGGCGGGCCGUGUACUUCUUCACCUCUGGAAAUGAAGGGAAAUGGUUUGAAAUAGAAACUGACCCAAGAAGCAAUGAAGGCAUCCUGAAGUUGGUUAAGCCCCUAGAUUAUGAACAAAUGCAAAGCAUGCGAUUUAGUAUUGCUGUCAAAAAUAAAGCUGCAUUUCACCAGUCAAUAGUCUCUCAAUACCGAGUCCAGUCAACUCCGGUCACAAUUGAGAUAAUCGAUGUACGAGAAGGAAUUUCAUUCCGUCCUGCUUCCAAGACAUUUACUGUGCAAAAAGGUAUAAGUAGUAGCAAAUUGAUUAAUUAUGUCCUGGGAACAUAUGAAGCCAUCGAUGAAGACACAGGCAGGGCUGCCACGUCUGUCAGAUAUAUCAUGGGUCGUAAUGAUGGUGGUUUACUAAUAAUUGAUCCAAAAACUGCUCAAAUCAAAUUUGUCAAAAACAUCGCCCGGGAUUCCACUUUCAUAGUUAACAAGACAAUCACAGCUGAGGUUCUGGCCAUAGAUGAAAACACAGGUAAAACUUCCACUGGCACAGUCCAUGUUGAAGUUCCUGAGUUUAAAGAAAGCUGCCCACCAGUUGUGCUGGAAAAAGAAGAAAUCUGUAGCUCAUCACCUUCCGUGGUUGUCUCAGCUAGAACGUUGGACAGGGACAGGUAUGCCGGUCCCUACACAUUCUCAGUGGAGGAGCAGCCUCUAAAGUUGCCAGUCAUAUGGAGAAUCACAGGCCUCAACGCCACCUCUGCACUGUUAGAAGCUCAGCCGCAGAUAUCACCUGGAGUCUACAGAGUCCCCCUUGUAGUUACGGGCACCCAGGACAGGCAGUGCGAGUCAUCUGAGAUGUUGACACUGACAGUCUGCCAGUGUGACGCCCGGGGCUCCUGCAGAGCUUCGGGGACUGAUCCCCAUAUCGAGCUCCGGAAGCAGCAGUCAAGGAUGGGCCCCAAUGCCAUCGGCCUGCUCCUCCUCGGGCUCCUGCUGCUGCUGUUGGUCCCUCUCCUGCUGCUCACUUGUGACUGCCAAAGGGGUCCCGCUGGGGGAGUGGCAGGUGGCUUUAUCCCAGUUCCUGAUGGUUCGGAAGGAACAAUUCACCAGUGGGGGAUUGAAGGAGCCCAACCUGAGGAUAAGGAAAUCACAAAUAUUUGUGUGCCACCUAUUGCCACUAAUGGAGUAGAUAUCGUGGAGAGUUCUGAAGUUUGCACAAAUACCUACACCGGAGGGACGGUGGUGGAAGGGGCUUCUGGAAUGGAACUGGCCACCAAAGUGAGAGCAACUACAGAAUCCGGAGCCGUGACAGGGUUCGGAGCAGCGACUGGACUCGGGCCCUGUCCCCCAGGGCACCUGGGGCUGGGAACACUGAGAUCCAGGCACUCCACAGGGGGAACCCUUAAGGACUAUGCCGAAGGGGCCAUAAACAUGAAUUUCCUAGAUUCCUACUUCUCCCAGAAAGCCUUUGCCUGUGCAGAGGAAGAGGGAGUCCAAGAAGAGAAUGACUGCUUGCUGAUCUAUGAUAAUGAAGGCCCAGAUGACGUUCCUGAUUCCCCCCUGGGUUGCUGCAGUUUUAUUAUUGAUGACUUUGAUGACAGCUUCUUGGACUCACUUGGCCCUAAGUUUAAAAAACUUGCAGAGAUAAGCCUUGGUAUUGAUGGGGGAGCCAAACAAGCUCAGCUACCCCCUCAGUACAGUGGUACUGGAGUUGACGUGUGUGGCCAGCCUGGAGAAGCCCCGCAGGCAGGUCGUGAGAGGUACCAGACUUUGGUCCAACCUGGAGAAGCCCCGCAGGCAGGUCGUGAGAGGUACCAGACUUUGGUCCAACCUGGAGAAGCCCCACAGGCAGGUCGUGAGAGGUACUAUACUUUGCAAGGUGGACAAGAAGCUCCUGCUUUGUCCACCUACGGGUCACUGCAAACAGCCAUUCCCAUCCCCGACCCUCUACAGCAUAGUAACUAUUUGCUAACAGAGACCUACUCGGCUUCUAGCUCCUUCGCGCAACCUACCACGGUAGCCUUUGAUCCACUUCUCACACAAAAUGUAACAGUGACAGAAAGGGUGAUUUGCCCCCUUUCCAGUGUCCCUGGUUCCACAGACCUGCGAGGGUCAUACAGUAUGCUUUGUACCGAAGAUCCUUGUUCCCGUCAGUGACCAGAAUGAACAAAAAUAACACACUGGCCAAGAUAGUGGAACCAAAUUAUUAAAAUAACAUAGCAAAGCUCACUUUAUUGGACUACGAUGACAUUUAUUAAAUAUUCUCAUAAACCAUGAUGACAUUUUAAAUAUUCUGGUUCAUACCACAGCAUACUGCAAACCUGGAUAUGUGCUCACUCUUAAUUCUCUAAUAUUUCUUAAAUUGCAGUAAAUUUUUAUUUAAAAAAAAUCAUACAUCAUGUUGUAUGGGAAAACUCCCUGAACAUCUGCGCUUUCAGUACCAAAGAGAGUGCUGAUCACUUGAAAAUGCAACGUCAUUUAGUAGAUGAAGCACUUGGAAUCAGAUAUUCUAGUUCUUGUUUCCGUCACCUUUUCUUCUAUCCUUGAAAUUGCUACAAGAGCAUCAUUAAUAGUGACUUAAGAAUUACAAAGUAUUUGCUAACACAUUUUGAAUGCUUGGGCAAAAGUUGCCUUUUCCUGUCCUCUUGGUGUAGGGAGACCGUGGUGCCUCUUCUCUUAAGCUAAGGGCUAUGGGCCUGUGUACCCAACUGGCUGUAACCAUUCUCUCGGAAGAAGAGAACUUAGCAAUAGAAAUAUCAUAGACCACUUAUGAAAGUUUAUCAUGGUGUAAAUAACAGUUUGUGCAUUUUCAAUCCUCUAAAGGAUCUACCCAAUGAAAAUACAUUGCCCUCCCUCCUAUGUAGAUCUCAGUAGCAAAUCCUGUUAGUCUUUGUAAAAGUAGCUCCCUGACUUCUAAAUGUUACUGGGUAGAUAUGUUAUAUAUAACAUGUAGACAAAUUUAUUAAUAUCUACAGACUUUGUAGGACAAAAUACAGUUUUUCUUAUAAGCAAAAGGAACUGAAGACUAGAAUAACACAUGGUAAUAUUUGUAAAUAUGUAUUAUAAGCAGCAUUUUUAGAAAAUACUUGGGGAAGUAAUUUUCAAGUACAAAAGGGAUACAGGAGUGUGAUUAUGUGUAAAGUGUUUUCUCAGACUUCACUUCUAAGUUAAACAACUAUAGCAAUUCAAUGCUUGAAUGGAACAAGGUUAGGCUAGAUAUUCUGUGCCUGGUACCCUAACAGUAACACAGCUCUUCAGAUCAUUUCUGGUCAUUCAGGAUGGUCACCCUUUAGUCCACAAAGAACACCCUACCUCACUGCUCCCCAAUAUUAAUGUCUUAGCUGAGUGUCAAGUCAUUGUUCAGUCUCACUAUUUCUAAUCUUAUAUUGAACACAAAGUUUUUAAUUUUUUUUUUACCAUAAUGAA